GUCAAGGUUUGAGAAGGCCACAUUAAACUCCUUCUAAAUAGUAACAGAUGGCGCGAUGUCUUUUAUUGCAGCUUCACAUGUGCUAGCGGCUGGUGCAAAGAAAAUUAUUGAACAUACUGCUGUGUCAUAUAUUUCGGGGAAGCUUUUUUCGGGUGAAUCUUCAAAAAUGGCAUACAGUGUUAUUGAAAGGGGUGCACCUUAUACUGCUGACUACAGGAUUUAUAUACAAAAUCAAAACGGUCCAAUUUCUGCCCUUCACGAUAUACCCUUAAAGCCAGAUCCUAGUAAAAAUAUAUUCAAUAUGGUUGUGGAAAUUCCCAGAUGGACAAAUGCAAAAAUGGAGAUCACUAUGAAAGAGAUUCUAAACCCCAUCAAACAAGAUGUUAAAAAAGGCAAGCCUCGCUUUGUAGCAAACUGCUUUCCACACCACGGUUACAUAUGGAAUUAUGGAGCUUUUCCUCAAACUUGGGAAAAUCCUGAACAUUUGGAUGAUGGUACUGGAUGUAAAGGUGACAAUGAUCCCAUUGAUGUAUUAGAAAUUGGAUAUAGAGUUGCUAAAAGAGGAGAGGUAUUACAGGUCAAAAUUCUGGGGACAAUUGCCCUAAUAGAUGAAGGAGAGACAGACUGGAAAAUAUUGGCUAUAGAUGCUACAGAUCCCUUGGCGGAUCAGGUAAACGAUGUAAACGAUGUUGAAAAACAUUUUCCGGGACUUUUAAAAGCAACCAUAGAAUGGUUUAAAAUUUACAAAGUCCCGGAUGGAAAACCAGAGAAUCAGUUUGCUUUCAACGGUGAAGCUAAACCAGCAGCUUUUGCCCUAAAUAUCGUUGAACAGGUCCAUGGAUUUUGGAAGCAAUUGAUAAACAAGGAAGUUGAUGCCAAAGGCAUUUCUUGCGUUAACACCACCUUGGAUGGAAAUCCCUUUAAAAUAUCAGUACCAGAAGCAAAAGAAAUCAUUAAUAAAACUCCUGCAACUGCUCCUGCAGCUAACAUAGAUUCAACAGUGGACCUAUGGCACUUUGUACAUCUGAAAUGAAAUUACUUAGGCUCUUCUCCAAUUGAUAAAAGUAAAUUGUGAUUUUUUUAUGAAAAGCAUUUAAACCUACAACUUUGUAAGAAGAAAGUGUGAAAUAUAUACAAACAAACUAAUUUAUUUAAAUAAA